AUGUCCCUACAUCAAUUCCAAGAAGUACAAGGCUGGGGCACGGAGGCGAACAUCUGCGCGUCCAGGAGCUGCUCUCCUCCCUCCUCUUCUCUCCAGGGGUCGGGGUUCAACCACAUGGCCCCCUUCUGCCAUAACCCGUAUUCUUCACCUGGCAAAGAGAACGACGGCCCUUGGAAUCCCCGGGAGAGAGCCUUCUGGACCUCGUGCCGAGAGGAUCGCUACAGCCAUCUCUCCCCUCCUCAGAAGCAUGACAGUGAGGCCGGACCUGGCAGGGCUUUCUCCGGAAGAACCGUUGUUGAUUUUAAGCCGAGCGCUGUCGAUGCCGACGGCAGACCCAGUGACAAGAGAGGCAGCCACUUGAAGGUCUCUGGCAGGGGUCACUGGAGACCUGCCGAGGACACUAAGCUCAGAGACCUGGUAGCCCUCUACGGUCCGCAGAACUGGAAUCUCAUAGCAGAGAAGCUAGCGGGGAGAUCCGGUAUUGUCCACAGCACAAAGUCAUCCCCUCCCCCACACCACCCGAGAAAAAAAAAUGAUAAAAAAAUCUUAUUUUCCGUAGAAUUGCCAAUGAUUUCUCUUAUCUCUGUUGAAAUUUUUUGUAUGUAUGAUUCGAAGGGAAGAGCUGCAGGCUGAGGUGGUUCAACCAGCUGGACCCGAGGAUCGAGAAAAGGGCUUUCACAAAGGAGGAGGAAGAGAGGUUGAUGGCCUCCCACAGAGCGUACGGUAAUAAAUGGGCCUUGAUUGCCCGGCUCUUCCCGGGAAGAACGGAUAACGCCGUCAAGAACCACUGGCACGUGAUCAUGGCUAGGAAGUAUAGGGAGCAAUCCAGUGCUUACAGGAGGAGGAAGCUCAGCCAACAGCAGCAUGCCCACACGAGGCUGAAGGAGCCCUCAAGAUCAGCCUGUAAGUCGGUAAACCUUCCUCUCCCAUCCGUAUCAGCCAUGGACAAUCAAUCUAGAGCUUCUUAUGGAGGAAGAGGGGGCUCGCCCUGCGUCUACUCUGGGUCCAUUGCAGAUAAGGCUACACUUGAUUUCCUCUCUGGUGCGCCCUCUUGUCUUCCGUCCAUUUCCAGUUCUCUCGCGGCUUCGGGGACGAAGUCCUGUCGAUCCCAUGCAAAGGCUUCAUUUUCUUUCAACCUUUCCUCACCCUUUAUUGGGUACCAGGUGCCAAAGUUCACGAAGAUCGGACGGGCAUCAGAUCGCCUAUGGAGGACGCUUCCCAGGUUUUCCACUGCCGACAACUUCCAUUGGUGGCGCCUACACCGCAGUCCAGCCUCCCUGCCUGCUUUUCACAUUCUACGGCCUCGGCAGCAUCCCAGGACUCAGCCACAACCGACUUAUCAUCUGCUACGGAAAGCCACCAUCCCUCCCCACCCUUCAUAGACUUCCUCGGCGUAGGAGCUUGUAGUACAUGUGAGGAAGAAGCCUCACCAGGCCUCCGAUAA